AGCGAGGCGGGGGCGGCGGGUGCAGAGCUGCUGCGGGCGGCGGCGCCCGCGGGUCACUUGCAGGCCGAGCGGCGGACGGCAGGACGCGGGGUGGCAGGGCGCACCAUGCCCACGUUCGACCAGGCGCUAAGGAAGGCGGGCGAGUUCGGGCGCUUCCAGCGGCGCGUGUUCCUGCUGCUGUGCCUGACCGGUGUCACCUUCGCCUUCCUCUUCGUCGGUGUGGUCUUCCUGGGCAGCCAGCCCGACUACUAUUGGUGUCGCGGGCCGCGUGCCACCGAGCUGGCCGAGCGCUGCGCCUGGAGCCCCGAGGAGGAGUGGAACCUCACGGCACCGGAGCUCCGCGCUCCGGCGGCCGAACGCCGAGGCCAAGGCCACUGCCACCGCUACCUGCUGGAAGCCACCAAUGCCAGCACUGAGCUCAGCUGCGACCCACUCGCUGCCUUCCCCAACCGCUCCGCGCCCCUGGUGCCCUGCAGCGGCGGCGACUGGCGCUAUGUGGAGACCCACUCCACCAUCGUCAGCCAGUUUGACCUUGUCUGUGCCAAUGCCUGGAUGUUGGACCUCACCCAAGCCAUCCUGAACCUUGGCUUUCUGGCUGGGGCAUUCACCUUGGGCUAUGCAGCAGACAGGUAUGGCAGGAUGAUCAUUUACUUAAUAUCCUGUUUCGGUGUUGGCGUCACGGGGGUCGUGGUGGCGUUCGCACCAAACUUUUCUGUGUUUGUCGUCUUCCGCUUCCUGCAAGGUGUGUUUGGAAAGGGGGCGUGGAUGACCUGCUUCGUGAUUGUGACAGAAAUAGUGGGUUCAAAACAAAGGCGGAUUGUGGGGAUUGUGAUCCAGAUGUUUUUCACCCUCGGGAUCAUCCUCCUCCCCGGAAUUGCCUACUUUACCCCCAGCUGGCAGGGUAUCCAGCUUGCCAUCUCACUACCCAGCUUCCUCUUCCUCCUUUAUUACUGGGUGGUGCCCGAAUCUCCCCGCUGGCUGAUCACCCGGAAGCAAGGAGAAAAGGCUCUGCAGAUCCUAAGGCACGUGGCUAAGUGCAACGGGAAAUACCUCUCGCCAAAUUACUCAGAGAUCACCGUUACAGACGAAGAAGUUAGCAACCCAUCCUUUUUAGACCUCGUGAGGACUCCCCAAAUGAGGAAAUGCACACUGAUUCUUAUGUUUGCUUGGUUCACAAGUGCUGUGGUCUAUCAAGGACUUGUCAUGCGCCUGGGGAUUGUCGGCGGCAACCUCUACCUAGACUUCUUCAUCUCGGGGCUUGUGGAGCUGCCCGGAGCUCUCUUGAUCCUUCUGACCAUUGAGCGUCUCGGACGGCGCCUUCCCUUUGCAGCAAGCAAUAUAGUAGCUGGGGUGGCAUGCCUGGUCACUGCAUUCUUACCAGAAGGGAUACCAUGGCUGAGGACGGCGGUUGCUACCCUGGGAAGACUAGGGAUAACCAUGGCCUUUGAAAUUGUUUAUUUGGUAAAUUCGGAGUUGUAUCCGACAACAUUACGGAACUUUGGGGUUUCCCUCUGCUCAGGCUUGUGUGACUUUGGGGGGAUCAUAGCUCCGUUUCUACUCUUUCGACUAGCAGCUGUGUGGCUAGAGCUACCUCUGAUCAUCUUUGGUGUCCUGGCGUCUGUCUGUGGUGGCCUCGUGAUGCUUUUGCCUGAGACCAAGGGCAUCGCCUUGCCGGAGACAGUGGACGACGUAGAAAAGCUUGGCAGCUCACAGACGCAUCAGUGUGGCAGGAAAAAGAAAGCCCAGGUCUCCAGUUCUAAUGCCUGAGGCCCCUACAUCACCUGGAGGACCUACGCCGUGUUGGUGAUGCCCACACCACGAGAAGCUGAGCCUGGUGGGAAUACGCCUGUGCGGUGUGCUUCAGCUCCUCCGGGUGGCGCCCUUCCAAGGAACCUUAAAGCCAGAGUAUUUCGUAUGGUAUAGGAUGAGUAAGGUUUAUCAUGCUACCCAAGCUUCUGGGAACACAUCAUCUUUGGCCUGUUUAGCAAAGCGCCUGUAAGUACACAGAUUCUGCGUAGGC